GUGGCCAUGUGCCCCCCGGUCAGCGCGCGGUAUGGGGGCGAGGGCAUGUCCUACCUCCAUGCAUCCUGGAUGUAUCAGCUUCAGCAUGGCGACCAGCUGGGGGUUUGCUUCGCUUGCUUCAAGGCUGCCUUUCUGGAACUCAGAGACUUGCUGGGCUUGGAAGACUGGGAAGAUGAAGACUGGGACCCUGAGCCGAUGGACCACGCCGAGGCGGGGCCCGAGCAGGGGGGGUCCCCGGGGAUGGGGUUCGGCUGGGGGCAGGGCCAAGGUCACCCCGCACAGGGGGGGACUGCGGACUGGGGGCCAGGCACCCUGGCGUCAGCCCCUGCGGGGUCUGAGGAGGUGGGCCUGGACCACCACUUUGUGCCCACCGAGCUGGAGCCUCACAACGCAGCACCCUUGGGCCUGGGUCCUGAGGAUGCCGACUGGACCCAGAGCCUGCCCUGGAGACUCGACGGGCCCCCCACCUGCUCGCACUGGCCGACUCUCCCUCCUCCGUGGCAGGGGUUUCUCAAAGUGGACCUGCCCCCGGGGGAGCCCAUGGUGUUGGAGCUGGGCACCACCCGGGCCGUGGACCCUGCCGAGGCCGAGGCCUGGUUAAGGGACCUGGAGGUCGUCUCCAUGGUGGGUUGCUACGAUGCCAUCUACCUCCGGAAGAUGACAGUGGGAUGGACCCUGAGGACCCCGGGCCGGGGCUGGAAACUGCUGCUGGAGCCCGACGAGUUGUGGGUGGUGAGACUACAGGACGCGCCCCAGGAGCAGGACCUGCACAAGUGGAAGCUGAGCAUUCUGGAGCCCUGUCCUCCAGGGCAGACCGAAGAGCUGGUCCCUGCGGACUCAGCCCUGCUUAAGAGGGGAUUCACCAUCCUCUCUUACUCACCCUGGGCCAAGAGGGAGGCAGGGGAGGGGGCCUCCGCAGCCAGGCCACAGUCCUCAUCCCCCCAGGGACGGGAUCCCAGCACCACUGAGACCUGGAGCCACGGGCCCAGUGGGUCCCGGGGGCCUGGGGAGGGCCCGGCUGCCGUGGGAGCCUCGGCCCUGGGGGAGCUGCCCUGCUUCCAGCCCUUCAGGCCAGGGCCCCAGAACUGAGGGACUGAGGCCCAAGUGGCCACCAUUGUCCUGGCCGCCCCCUCCCCACAACAGCCAGGGGAGCGACUGGCAAAGAAUGGGGGACUAGUGCCCGGGGAGGGAGAAUGGGGAGCUGCCUAGGGACUGAGAAAGGGGACGCGUCACUGCCUCCGUGGAAGGGACCCAAAGGCCCGGAACCGGGAGAGAAUUUCUUCUCCGUCAAAUGUCGCGGAGCCAGGAACGUGACGCCCUCUGGGACGCGGUCGGUGAAUGGCUGCUGCGCAGCUCGGCAAGUGGGGUGCGGCACACGCGUCUGUGCACCAGCCCUGCCCUGGCCACACGCAGGGAUGUGUCCAGUGGGGCCCGUGUCCCAGGAGCACGCG